AUGCAAUAUAUGACCGGCAAAGCGUCGUUUGGCCUUCUCCAUAUUGAACAACUUUAUCUUUGGCCCUUUUCAUCUCCAUCCCGAAUCAUGGCGCCCUCAGGUCUGGCUAUCCUUAUCGGAGCCGGUCCAGCUACUGGAGCAGGCAUUGCUCGGAUCCUGUCGCAUCCAAGUCACGGAAAUAUGGCGGUGGCACUGUUGGCCAGAAGACCAGAGCCGCUCAACGAUCUUGUCAAGUCGCUUCGGUCGCAGAGUCCAGACGCUGUUCUCGAAGCAUUCCCUACGGACACCAAGCCAGAGAACCUGCGCAAGGCAUUUGCCGACAUCAAAACGGCUAAUGCUUUUCAAGGGCUCAAACUGAAGGUCGCGAUCUUUUCCAUCAAGAACAGCUCUAAGAAGCCUUUCAUGAGCGAGACGUUCGAUGAAUUCAUGGCACCUCUCGAGUCCUAUGUCGGUGGAGCGAUGGUCUUUGCUCAGGAAUCACUCAAGCGGUUCUUCGAAGACCACGGCGAGAAGACGUUGGCGGAGGGCUCAGAGAAGAAGGGCACCUUGAUAUUUACCGGCACUCUUGGUGCCUUGCGCUGCAAUGCAGAGUUCGGAAGCUAUGGAGCUUCACGAGGCAGUGUUCGGCAGCUUGCCCAAGCCUUGGCGAGAGAGAUGAGUGCUAAAGGCGUGCACGUCGCACACACCAUUGCGAAUGGACGCAUCGCAGACGCAGAUAACGAGGAUACCAAGAGCGGCAAGCACAUGGCUGCUGAAGCCGUUGGUAAGACAUACUUGUGGUUGUCGCAGCAGGAGCCGACUGUCUGGACUCAUGAACUCGACCUUCGUCCAGCACAAGAGAAGUUUUAA